CACGUACUGUCCCCGUACUGAUCUCGUACUGUACAUCUUAUCCCAACGGCGGCAACUCAGCGCUAUUCUUUGGUUGAUACUCCCACUGGAACACUGCUGUACUCGCUAUAACUCAACUAACUUGAUCCCUCUUUAGCGCCCGACAAUCUUCAAUUAGAGCCCUGGUUAUCCACUAGAUUCUCCCCAAAUAGUGGUGCAAUAGUGGUGCCUCGUGGAGCCUGAUACCUGGUAACUUGGUUACGAUUGUCACCGACGGGACGACCCCAUCCCUCGAAAGAAGAAAAGCACCUCCUAGUCCCCGUCGUCCAGUCUCCAUACUGGCAUCCUCAACAACGGCGUCCUCUAUCGGGUCUAACGACGCGAAUAAACAAAUACUUAAGCAGCUCUGCUCUCCCGCCUCCCUCCUCUUCGAUCCACGCUACACUGCGGCGCCAAAACCUUCAGCCCGCCCACCCUUCCGCACCUUUCCUCCCUCUCCCCGCGGCGAGAGACGCCCUCCAACAAGGCUACCCAGCACCAUCAGUGUCCAUACCCUCGACUCCGAAGCCCUCACCGCAACCAUGGACAAGAGGAACCCCAGCUCCUUCCAGCAGUUGGAGAAGCUAGGAGAGGGAACCUAUGCCACGGUCUUCAAAGGGCGUAACCGCCAGACUGGCGAGCUCGUCGCCCUCAAAGAGAUCCACCUCGACUCGGAAGAAGGCACACCCUCCACGGCCAUCCGCGAGAUCUCCCUGAUGAAAGAGCUGAAACACCCCAACAUCCUCUCCCUCCACGAUGUCAUCCACACCGAGAGCAAGCUCAUGCUCGUCUUCGAGUACAUGGACACCGAUCUGAAGCGGUACAUGGACACGACCGGCGACCGCGGCGCCCUCAACCCCGUCACCAUCAAGUCCUUCAUGCACCAGCUGCUCAAGGGCAUCGACUUCUGCCACACCAACCGCGUGCUGCACCGCGACCUGAAGCCGCAGAACCUCCUCAUCAACGCCAAGGGCCAGCUCAAGCUCGGCGACUUUGGACUCGCCCGCGCCUUCGGCAUCCCUGUCAACACCUUCUCCAACGAGGUCGUGACGCUGUGGUAUCGCGCCCCCGACGUCCUCCUCGGCUCCCGCACCUACAACACCAGCAUCGACAUCUGGUCCGCCGGCUGCAUCAUGGCGGAGAUGUACACGGGUCGUCCGCUGUUCCCCGGCACCACCAACGAGGACCAGCUCGUGCGGAUCUUCCGCAUCAUGGGCACGCCAUCUGAGCGCUCGUGGCCGGGAAUCAGCCAGUUCUCCGAGUACAAGCCUAAUCUCCAGGUCUUCAAUACGCAGGACCUCCGUGCUAUCUUGCCGCAGAUCGACCCGAGUGGCAUUGACUUGCUGCAGCGCAUGUUGCAGCUGCGUCCGGAGCUGAGGGUUAGCGCACAUGAUGCGCUGCAGCACCCGUGGUUCGCGGAUCUGAAUCAGCCAAGGCAGCCAGCGGGGCAGCCGGCGGGGAGGUAUACGCAGGGGCAGAGCGGGUAUGAGAAUUACUGAGGGAUGGUGGGGGCUGGUGCUAUUAUGUAAACAGCGAUAAAAGUAUGGGAGAGGAUACAACAGUGGCCGGGAAGACAAAAAAAACCAGAGAUACACACCCUGAGGGGAUGAAGAGAGGGACGGACUAUACUCAGGAUUCCGACGUAGAAGGUACUGUGUCAGAGAAGGAUGGAUAAACGGCCGUGAAGAGAGACUCAAUGACGAUGACGAUACCUCUAUUUGCAUCUACAGGCGUUGGUGUUGCGAGCAGGAUGGGGGACUGGGGGUUCUUGGUAGACGUCGGGAGAUCGGG